AUGGCUUUCACUUCUUCUUCCUCUCUGCAUGACCCUGCCGUGACCCUUCACUUCUUCUUCCUCUCUGCCGUGACCCUUGGGCUAUCAUGGCUUUCCACUUCUUCUUCCUCUCUGCCGACGUGGGCUAUCAUGGCUUUCCACUUCUUCUUCCUCUCUGCCGUGACCCUUCCUUCAGGACUUCUUCUUCCUCUCAGCGACCCUUGGGCUAUCAUGGCUUUCCUUCUUCUUCCUCUCUGCCGUGACCCCGUGGGCUAUCAUGGCUUUCCACUUCUUCUUCCUCUCUGCCGUGACCCUUCAGGCUAUCAUGGCUUUCCCUUCUUCUUCCUCUCUGCCGUGACCCUUCAGGGGGUGGGCUAUCAUGGCUUUCCACUUCUUCUUCCUCUCUGCCGUGACCCUUCAGGAGGUAGGGGACUCCACUUCUUCUUCCUCUCUGCCGUGACCCUUUCCGUAGGCUAUCAUGGCUUUCCACUUCUUCUCUCUGCCGUGACCCUUCAGGGCUAUCAUGGCUUUCCACUUCUUCUUACUCUCUGCCGUGAGGUGGGCUAUCAUGGCUUUCCACUUCUUCUUCCUCUCUGCCGUGACCCUUCAGGAUGGGCUAUCAUGGCUUUCCUUCUUCUUCCUCUCUGCCGUGACCCUUCAGGAGGGUGGGCUAUCAUGGCUUUCCACUUCUUCUUCCUCUCUGCCGUGACCCCCUUCAGGGGUGGGCUAUCAUGGCUUUCCACUUCUUCUUCCUCUCUGCCGACGUGGGCUAUCAUGGCUUUCCACUUCUUCUUCUCUCUCGUGACCCCGUGGGCUAUCCCUUCCACUUCUUCUUCCUCUCUGCCGUGUUGUGGGCUAUCAUGGCUUUCCACUUCUUCUUCCUCUCUGCCGGUGGGCUAUCAUGGACCCUUCCUCUGCCGUGACCCUUCAAGGUGGGCUAUCAUAGCUUUCACUUCUUCUUCUCUUCUUCCUAUCUGCUCCCGUGACCCUUCAGUGACCCUUCAGGCUAUCAUGGCUUUCCUUCUUCUUCCUCUCUGCCGUGACCCUUCAGGACGUGGGGUUUACUUCUUCUUCCUCUCUGCCGUGACCCUUCCGUGGGCUAUCAUGGGACGUGGGCUAUCAUGGCUUUCACUUCUUCUUCCUCUCUGCCGUGACCCUUUUGGGCUAUCAUGGCUUUCUUCUUCCUCUCUGCCGUGGGCUAUCAUGGCUUUCCACUUCUUCUUCCUCUCUGCCGUGACCCUUCAGGUGGGCUAUGGGCUUUAUCAUGGCUUUUUCACUUCUUCUUCCUCUCUCUGCCGUGACCCUUCAGGACGUAGGCUAUCAUGGCUUUCCACUUCUUCUUCCUCUGCCGUGACCCUUCUGGCUAUCAUGGCUUUCCACUUCUUCUUCCUCUCUGCCGUGACCCUUCAGUUGGGCUAUCAUGGCUUUCCACUUCUUCUUCCUCUCUGCCGUGACCCUUCAGGGGACGGCUAUCAUGGCUUUCACUUCUUCUUCCUCUCUGCCGUGACCCUUCAGGCUAUCAUAGCUUUCCACUUCUUCUUCCUCUCUGCCGUGACCUUCAUGGCUAUCCUUGGCUUUCCCUUCUUCUUCCUCUCUGCCGUGACCCUUCAGGACGUGGGCUAUCAUGGCUUUCCACUUCUUCUUCUCCCGGUGGGCUAUCAUGGCUUUCACUUCUUCUUCCUCUCUGCCGUGACCCUUCUGGGCUAUCAUGGCUUUCCACUUCUUCUUCCUCUCUGCCGACGUGGGCUAUCAUGGCUUUCCUUCUUCUUCCUCUCUGCCGUGACCCUUCUCUGGGCUAUCAUGGCUUUCCACUUCUUCUUCCUCUCUGUGACCCUUCAGGCUUUUCUUCUUCACUCUCUCUUCCUCUGCCGUGACCCUUGGGCUAUCAUGGCUUUCCACUUCUUCUUCCUCUCUGCCGUGACCCUUCAGUUUAUUGGGUUGGGCUUUCACUUCUUCUUCCUCUCUGCCGGCCCUUUUGGGCCACUUCUUCUUCCUCUCUGCCGUGACCCUUCAGGUUGUUGGGCUAUCAUGGCUUUCCACUUCUUCUUCCUCUCUGCCGUAGGUUAUCACCCUUGCCAUGGCUUCCUUCUUCUUCUCUGUAACCCCCUUCUGGAGGUGGGCUAUCAUGGCUUUCCACUUCUUCUUCCUCUCUGCCGUUGGGCUAUCAUGGCUUUCCACUUCUUCUUCCUCUCUGCCAUGACCCUUCACUCUGGCCUAUCACAUUGGCUUUCCACUUCUUCUUUCCCUCUCUGCCGUGACCCUUCAGGACAGGCUAUCAUGGCUUUCCUUCUUCUUCUUCCUCUCUGCCGUGACCCUUCAGGGUGUGGUGUUGGGCUAUCUUGGCUUUCCCUUCUUCUUCCUCUCUGCCGUGACCCUUCAGGCGUAGGCUAUCAUGGCUUUCCUUCUUCUUCUUCCUCUCUGCCGUGGGCUAUCAUGGCUUUCCUUCUUCUUCCUUGCCUGACUCUUCCUCUGUCCUUCCACUUCUUACUCUGGGCCUAUCAUGGCUUUCACUUCUUCUUCCUCUCUGCCGUGACCCUUCAGGACGUGGGCUUAGGCUUUAUCUCUGGCUUUUUCCACUUCUUCUUCCUCUCUGCCGUGACCCUUCAGUACGUAGGCUAUCAUGGCUUUCCACUUCUUCUUCCUCUCUGCCGUGACCCUUCAGGUUCAUUGGGCUAUCAUGGCUUUCCUUCUUCUUCCCUCUCUGCCGUGACCCCCUUCAAGUGGAAGAUAUCAUGGCUCCCACUUCUUCUUCCUCUCUGCCGUGACCCUUCCAGGACAUUGGGCUAUCCAUGGCUUUCACUUCUUCUCUUCCUCUCUGCCGUGACCCAUGGAUGGGCUAUCAUGGAUUUCCACUUCUUCUUCCUCUCUGCCAUUGACACUUCCAGGACCCUUCACAGGAGGGUGGGCUAUCAUGGCUUUCCACUUCUUCUUCCUCUCUGUCUGGGUGGGCUAUCACUGACCCUUGGGGAGGAGGCUUUCCACUUCUUCUUCCUCUCUGCAGCCCUUCAGAACGACGUGGGCUAUCAUGGCUUUCCUUUCUUCUUCCUCUCUGCCGUGACCCUUCAGGACGUGGGCUAUCAUGGCUUUCCCUUCUUCCUCUGCAGUGACCCUUCUGCUGUCCAUCCACUUCCUCUCUGCCGUGACCCUUCAGGGACCGUGGGCUAUCCUUGGCUUUCCACUUCUUCUUCCUCUCUGCCGUGGGCGUGGGCUAUCAUGGCUUUCCACUUCUUCUUCCUCUCUGCCGUGACCCUUCAGGGGGCUGGGCUUUCACUUCUUCUUCCUCUCUGCCGUGACCCUUCAGGGCAGGUGGGCCAUGGCUUUCACUUCUUCUUCCUCUCUGCCGUGACCCUUCAGAAGGUUGUUGGGCUAUCCAUAGCUUUCCACUUCUUCUUCGUGACCCUCUGCCCUCAAACUCAUGACUCUUCCGUGACCCUUUCUAUCUUCCCUCCUCUGCGCUAUCAUGGCUUUCCACUUCUUCUUCCUCUCUGCCGUGAGGCCCCCUUCAGGUUAUUGGCUAUCAUGGCUUUCCUUCUUCUUCCUCUCUGCCGUGACCCUUCAGGACGGUGGGCUAUCAUGGCUUUCCACUUCUUCUUUCCUUUCCUUCUUCUUCCUCUCUGCCGUGACCCUUCAGGACGUUCGUGGGCUAUCAUGGCUUUCCCACUUCUUCUUCCUCUCUCUGCCUACCCUUGGCUUUCACUUCUUCUUCCUCUCUGCCGUGACCCUUCAGGAUGUGGGCCUUCUUCUUGGCUUUCACUUCUUCUUCCCCUUCUCUGCCGUGACCCUUCCUCUAUCAUGGCUUUCACUUCUUCUUCCUCUCUCCCUUUCCACUUCUUCUUCCUCUCUGCCGUGAUGUGGGCUAUCGCGGCUUUCCUUCUUCUUCCUCUCUGCCGUGACCCUUCAGGUUUAUUGGGCUAUCAUGGCUUUCCACUUCUUCUUCCUCUCUGCCGUGACCCUUCAGGACUGGGGCUUUCACUUCUUCUUCUCUCUGCCGUGACCCUUCAGGUGGCUAUCAUGGCUUUCCACUUCUUCUUCCUCUCUGCCGUGACCUUCAUAGGAUCGGGGCUCACUUCUUCUUCCUCUCUCAUGACCCUUCAGGUUUAUUGGGAUCAUGGCUUUGGGCUAUCAUGGCUUUCCCACUUCUUCUUCCUCUCUGCCGUGACCCUUCAGGACGUGGGCUAUCAUGGCUUUCCUUUAACUUCUUACUCUGCCGUGACCCUUAUCAUUGGGCUAUCUUUUCCACUUCUUCUUCCUCUGACCCCAUUGGGCUAUCAUGGCUUUCCCUUCUUCUUCCUCUCAGGACCCUUCAGUUAUUGGGCUAUCUUGGCUUUCACUUCUUCUUCCUCUGCCGUGACCCUUCAGGACGGGCUAUCCUUGGACCUCUCUGCCGUGACCCUUCGGUGGUGGGCUAUCACUUGGCUUUCACUUCUUCUUCCUCUCUGCCGUGACCCUUCAGGGUGGGCUAUCAGGCUUUCACGUGGGCUAUCUCUGGCUUUCACUUCUUCUUUUCUUCCUCUCUGCCAUGACCCCUUCAGGACAGUGGGCUAUCAUGGCUUUCCCUUCUUCUUCCUCUCUGACCCGUGUGGGCUUCAGGACUUCUUCUUCUCUCAUGGACCCUUCGGUGGGCAGUGGGCUUCUUCCUUCUUCCUCUCUGCCGUGACCCUUCAGGUUAUUGGGCUAUCAUGGCUUUCACUUCUUCUUCCUCUCUGCCGUGACCCUUCCAGGGUGGUGGGCUAUCAUGGCUUUCACUUCUUCUUCCUCUCUGUGGUGACCCUUCUAUCAUGGCUUUCACUUCUUCUUCCUCUCUGCCGUGACCCUUCAGGACAUGACGUGGCCUCAUGGCUUUCACUUCUUCUUCCUCUCUUCCGUGACCCUUCAGGGUGGGCUAUCAUGGCUUUCACUUCUUCUUCUCUCUGCCGUGACCCUUCAGGAAGGUGGGCUAUCAUGGCUUUCUUCUUCUUCUUCCUCUCUCGUGACCCUUCAGGGGCUAUCAUGGCUUUCCACUUCUUCUUCCUCUCUGCCGUGACCCUUCAGGUGGUGGGCUAUCAUGGCUUUCCCUUCUUCUUUCUCUUCAGGACAGGUGGGCUUCUUGGCUUUCCUUCUUCUUGCUCUCUGUGGGCUAUCAUGGCUUUCACUUCUUCCUCUCUGCAUGACCCUUCCGUGGGCUAUCCUUGGCUUUCCUUCUUCUUCCUCUCUGCCGUGAUCAGGGUGGCUUUCCACUUCUUCUUCCUCUCUGCCGUGACCCUUCAGGAGGCUAUCAUGGCUUUCCACUUCUUCUUCCUCGUGACCCUUCAGGGAUUUGGGCUAUCAUGGCUUUCUUCUUCUCUCUGCCGUGACCCUUCAGGACGUGGGCUAUCAUGGCUUUCACUUCUUCUUCCUCUCUGCCGUGACCCUUCAGGACUUCUUCUUCCUCUCUUGUGGGCUAUCAUGGCUUUCCACUUCUUCUUCCUCUCUGCCGUGACCCUUCAGGACGUGGGCUAUCAUGGCUCCUUCUUCUUCCUCUGCCGUGACCCUUCAGGGUGGGUGGGGCUAUCAUGGCUUUCACUUCUUCUUCCUCUCUGCCGUGACCCUUCAGGAGGGCUUUCCACUUCUUCUUCCUCUCUGACCCUUCAGGACUUCGGUUGGGCUAUCAUGGCUUUCCACUUCUUCUUCCUCUCUGCCGUGGGCUAUCAUGGCUUUCCACUUCUUCUUCCUCUCUGCCGUGACCCCUUCAGGACGUGGGGCCUAUCAUGGCUUUCACUUCUUCUUCCUCUCUGCCGUGACCCUUCAGGAGUGGGCUAUCAUGGCUUUCAGGUGGGCUAUCUUCUUCUUACUCUCUGCCGUGACCCUUCAGGUGGGCUAUGUGGCUUUCCACUUCUUCCUCUCUGCCGUGACCCUUCAGGUGGGCUAUCAGCUGCGGCUUUCCCUUCUUCUUCUUCUUCCUCUCUGACCCUUCAGAGGACGUGGGCUAUCACUUGGCUUUCACUUCUUCUUCACUCUGUGACCCUUUGGCCAGGCUAUCAUGCUCACUUCUUCCCCUCUGCCCGUGACCCUUCAGGACGGCCCGCUGACUUCCUCUCUGCAGGACCCUUCCGUGGGCUAUCAUGGCUUUCCCUUCUUCUUCCUCUCUGCUGUGACCCUUCAGGACGUGGAGCUAUCAGCUUUCCACUUCUUCUUACUCUCUCUCUAGGCCGUGUUUCCACUUCUUCUUCCUCUGCCAUGACCCAUGGGAGAAUUGGGCUAUCAUGGCUUUCCACUUCUUCUUCCUCUCUGCCGACGUGGGCUAUCGGCUUUCACUUCUUCUUCCUCUCUGCCGUGACCCUUCAGAGAGGUACAGGCUAUCAUGGCUUUCCACUUCUUCUUCCUCUCUGCCGUGACCCCUAUCUGGCUUUCUUCUUCUUCCUCUCUGCCGUGACCCUUCAGGCUAUCAUGGCUUUCACUUCUUCUUCCUCUCUGCCGUGA